AUGCGUCUUGGGUUUAUGAAACCGAGGCAAGUUCCCAGGAGGUCGGUCGAAGCGCGACGAUUGUAUGCCAAGCUCAAGAACCUCACGGGGUGCUUGGUUGUCUCCUCCGAGAAUGGUUCGCGAUUCCGACUACGGCCCGAUGAUUACUGCCGCAAGAUUCGUCGAUCGCCCCGUCCCAACAAAAGGUUACCACCCAAGCUCAUCAUGAAGCACUUCCACUCGCUUUUGGCCUUUGUCACGGCCGUCUGCACUCUCGUUUCUGCAUCUCCGACCCCCCCUGGGCCCCCUGGCCCUCCAAGCCCUCCAACGCCUCCUGGAUCGUCCAUUACAACCUCCAACCCAUUCACUGGUCAUGACUUCUUCGUGAGCCCCGUAUACAGGAAAGAGGCUGGUGAAGCUGCUGUCACUCUUCUGAAGCAAGGGAAAUUCGACCUUGCAAACCGUGCCAGCUAUGUGGCUGCAAAGAUCGGCACCUUCCUCUGGGUUUCUGAUACCGCCACGGUCCCGAAGAUUGGCGACUGGUUGAAGGAAGCCGCUCUCGUCCAGUCUCUGACCGGAAAAAAGCAAGUCGUUGAAAUUGAGGUCUACAAUCUUCCGGACCGCGACUGCUCUGCCGCUGCCAGUGCUGGAGAACUUAGCUAUGCCAACGAUGGCGAGAAAAAGUACCAAGACUACAUCAAAGCAGUGGCCGCUCAGAUCAAGAAGUUCCCCCAACUCCGCGUUGUCAUCGGUCUAGAAACUGAUUCGAUUGGAAAUCUUGUCACCAAUCUGAGUGUACCGAAAUGCGCCGCUGCUGCUGAUGGUCAGAAACGCUCCCUGGCCUACGCAAUUGCCAAUCUUCAGCUUCCUAACGUCGCAAUUUAUGUUGAUGGUGCUCACGCUGGCUGGCUCGGAUGGCCAUCAAACAUUGGUCCCACCGCGGAUAUCAUCGCAGAAAUCGUGGCGGCGGCCAAGAAGCUCAAUCCAAAGGCGGGUAUUCGUGGUGUUGCUACCAAUGUCAGCAACUACAACGGCUUCGGUAACCAGCCGCAAACGGGCUACGAUGAGCUCGUCUACGUGAAGAACCUCCAACCUUUGUUGGCCGCAAAGGGCAUCGAUGCUCAUUUCAUUGUUGACCAGGGUCGCUCAGGUAACCAAAACAGUACCCGUGUCGGCGGUGACUGGUGCAACAACAAGUACGCUGGCUUUGGCCCUCUUCCGACCACCAACACUGGCGAGGCCAUCGUUGACGCUCUUGUCUGGGUCAAGCCUGGUGGAGAGGCAGACGGUACAUCCGACCCCACUGCUCCUCGCUAUGAUACCACCUGUGGCAACGAAUAUGCCCUUCAGCCCGCCCCAGAAGCAGGAACCUGGUUCCAGGCAUACUUUGAGCAGCUUCUCAGGAACGCAAACCCAAAGAUUCCGCGCCUGAUUUAG